CAGCUUAUGAAGUGCAAUUUCCCUACGUUACAGGUGUUGCUACAAUUAAACCAGAAGCAGAAGUUCCCAAGAAAGAAAAAGGACCUCCUGUCAAAGUCCCCCUGAUAGAAGCGCCUGAAUACGUCCAAGCACAGCCUCCCACUUACGAUUCGGAAUACACGUAUGUGCCAGAAUUCAUGACAACUGAACAACCUGAAGUAGCACCGCCGCCGGAAGUAGAGGAAGCGAGAGCUUUCGAGGCCGUGAGACCAACCGGAGUGCUUUACGUAGAGCCUCCUUCUUACGAGCUGGAGUACCUCCACGUGCCAGAAUUCAUGACGCGAGAACAACCUACGGGUGUUCCAGUACAAGAAAAGGAAGCACCGGUUCCAGAAGCGCUAAUGCCGGUCAAAAAGCUUGCCAUGCCACCUCCAGCUUAUGAAGUGCAAUUUCCCUACGUUACAGGUGUUGCUACAAUUAAACCAGAAGCAGAAGUUCCCAAGAAAGAAAAAGGACCUCCUGUCAAAGUCCCCCUGAUAGAAGCGCCUGAAUACGUCCAAGCACAGCCUCCCACUUACGAUUCGGAAUACACGUAUGUGCCAGAAUUCAUGACAACUGAACAACCUGAAGUAGCACCGCCGCCGGAAGUAGAGGAAGCGAGAGCUUUCGAGGCCGUGAGACCAACCGGAGUGCUUUACGUAGAGCCUCCUUCUUACGAGCUGGAGUACCUCCACGUGCCAGAAUUCAUGACGCGAGAACAACCUACGGGUGUUCCAGUACAAGAAAAGGAAGCACCGGUUCCAGAAGCGGCCAUGCAGGUCAAAAAGCUUGCCAUGCCACCUCCAGCUUAUGAAGUGCAAUUUCCCUACGUUACAGGUGUUGCUACAAUUAAACCAGAAGCAGAAGUUCCCAAGAAAGAAAAAGGACCUCCUGUCAAAGUCCCCCUGAUAGAAGCGCCUGAAUACGUCCAAGCACAGCCUCCCACUUACGAGUCGGAAUACACGUAUGUGCCAGAAUUCAUGACAACUGAACAACCUGAAGUAGCACCGCCGCCGGAAGUAGAGGAAGCGAGAGCUUUCGAGGCCGUGAGACCAACCGGAGUGCUUUACGUAGAGCCUCCUUCUUACGAGCUGGAGUACCUCCACGUGCCAGAAUUCAUGACGCGAGAACAACCUACGGGUGUUCCAGUACAAGAAAAGGAAGCACCGGUUCCAGAAGCGCUAAUGCCGGUCAAAAAGCUUGCCAUGCCACCUCCAGCUUAUGAAGUGCAAUUUCCCUACGUUACAGGUGUUGCUACAAUUAAACCAGAAGCAGAAGUUCCCAAGAAAGAAAAAGGACCUCCUGUCAAAGUCCCCCUGAUAGAAGCGCCUGAAUACGUCCAAGCACAGCCUCCCACUUACGAUUCGGAAUACACGUAUGUGCCAGAAUUCAUGACAACUGAACAACCUGAAGUAGCACCGCCGCCGGAAGUAGAGGAAGCGAGAGCUUUCGAGGCCGUGAGACCAACCGGAGUGCUUUACGUAGAGCCUCCUUCUUACGAGCUGGAGUACCUCCACGUGCCAGAAUUCAUGACGCGAGAACAACCUACGGGUGUUCCAGUACAAGAAAAGGAAGCACCGGUUCCAGAAGCGGCAAUGCAGGUCAGAGAGCUUGCCAUGCCACCUCCAGCUUAUGAAGUGCAAUUUCCCUACGUCGCAGGUUUUGUUAUGAAACCGACAGUUGAAGUUACAAAAACACAAAUACGGGAGAUUCCAUCGUAUAGCGUUGGCGUAGACCUGGCGAAGAAGACAAGCACCAUUGAGUAUUCGGGGACGGACAGCACAAGCUUCAGGGAGGCCUCCAUGCCAGGGCCGGUUUAUUCUGAUACUGCUCUUGGUCAGCAAGUAUCGUCAAGUAGCGAAACUACCCAUGUGUUUGAAAGCGCCGAAUCUACUUUCAUGGAAGCGCAAAAGCAAAAGUACGCCGCUGUCGAUGUUCCCGGUGACGCACGGUCUUGCAAGUCAACCUCGUCGCUCGGUGCAAGCCGGGUAGAGGAAGGCGAGACCGCGAUGCCGUCCGCUGAUCAACAAGCGAGCGCACAGGCAACGAUAAGCACUUCCGGUUUUCAGAUACCAGUCACUGUUGAGACUAAGACUGAUGGGCGCAGCUCGCUGCAAGAGGAUGUCGCAAACGGACUUUUUCACUACUCCCGAUUCGCAGACACUUUCGGGAAAACCGAAGCGCUCUGCGAUGCCGACCUCGAAAAAAUAAAGCAGGAAUUUGGCCGAUUACCUUUUCCUCCCGAACAGCAGCUUCCGGGAGCGGCCGGAAAAGUGCGGCGCAGCUCGUCUUCAUCCGACUUCAGUUCUUUCUCAACUCACGCCGAUGCUAUUACGAGAAGAAUGGUUCGCGACGUCACGACGGUCGAGCGUUUCCAGAAACUACUGCCGUCAAUGAACGAAAAGGGACAGCCCGAAGAAGCUCCGUCACAGACUUCGUCCGACGGACAGAAAAAGGCCACGGCUCACAGGGGCAACUUCGAUGUUUUAACCACAGAGAAGGUUACUCACAUGGAACAGAAACUUGAAUACAUCGAGCCCAUUCUGUUCGAAGAUUUUUCUACCGGUACUUCUCGCCGAAACUCCGACGACGAGAAAAGCAAGUCUGCCGAGUUUAUAACUACAACUAUUGUCCUGAAAAGCGAAAAGGAGGAAGAGAUGCAGUACGCCGACCGCGUGCCCUUGAUCUGCUCCAAAGGCGGAGAGCCGAGCAAUUCUGCCGCAGGCCCCAAAGAAUCACGCUCCCUGGAGGCCAGUAAAUGUCCGCCAGAGAAGGAUGAGGAGCGGUUUAUCAUAACCAAUGUCAAAAAGGAGACGCGCGUUAAGGAGAAAUUCCAAGUCGUGAAGCCCAUGAAACCAGGCAAGAAACGAAAGACUACCGACGCAGAUCCGCAGUCAAAGAAACUGGUCAAAAGUUCUCUCCGCAACGAAGUCACAUUGAAGCAGUUUCUUCACGAGGCGGAACAUCGAAGGUUAGAGGUCGUCGAGGCCGAAAUGAUCGCCUCAUUGCGGCCCGAACCCUCCGUCGCCGAAGAAGAAACCGUGAAGUUCAUUCCGGUAGAGGCCGAACAGCGGCAGCUUCAACCAAGUAGCCAGACGCAAAUGCGCACUCCUCGCUCACGGCCACUGGAGAGAGACUUCGCGGACGAACUGCCUUCAGUUGACGAGUUGGAGCUGAGUUUGCACCCACCAAUGGGUAUCGGAUCGCCGCCGCGGAAGAUCGACGCGAGCACCGUGAUGCACGCGGUUGACAUGGCGGACGGAAUUCCAGAUGCCGAAGAGACCGAAGUGGUCAAAACUCACUAUUCCUUAUGUGCGAAAAGCCUCGCCCCACGCCCGACUAACAUCGUCGAGAUGUCGGUGCUGCACUCGGUUUCGGACGCGCCUUCCGUAGAAGAAGCCGACUUUCCUAUAAGCCCGCAGCUGUCCAGGGAAGAAGCCUUGCGGUCCCGCACCGACUCGGUGCCUACAUGCAGGCGCCAGUCAGAAAGGCCGAAACCGUUGUCGAACGCGGCAACUGAGGCACGAAAGAAGCCAGCUCCAGAGGACGUGUAUUUGUCACUCCCGGUCAUGAGCCACAAAUUCGAGAGCCAAGGGCCAAUGGCGCCGAGCGUGCAGGCUACCCCUAAAGAGAGCAGCGCUUCACCUUCAGCACUUUCCACAGUGCCUCAGCUCGCAGUGAGAGAAACGGAGCUCGCAGAACAUCAGUGCCGGCAGGGCUUGGAACAAGAGUCGCUAAAGCAACUUGAGCAAGAAAACGUACAUGAAGAAAAGGUCCAUAGCGAUUCUUUGAGCAAGGAAACUUUUCCCGAUGACCGAAGGCCGUCAGUAAAGCAUGGUUACAAGGAAAUCACAGCUAGUGAAGACAGCCAGCCGCCGGAAGAACCCCAGAUUCCUGAGUUGCCGAUCAUUAUACGCCCUAGUUCACCGACGUACAGGCUUCUUGAGGAGGAAACCGCGACACCAGAGACCACGCAGCUCAUUUCUACGCUCGAGCCCGAACCGGUGCAUUAUCCUCAAUUAGCCUCGCCUGAUGCGCACCACACUUACAAGAUCAUCGACGUGAUGACAGUUGAAGAACCCGUGGAACAGCAAGAAGAGGUAGUGCUCGAGCCCGUCUCUGCUCGUCAUGAUAGCACCAGAUACCAAAUGUACAACCGCGAGGGUUCGGUGCAGGAGCCUCUCACUGCUAUUGAACAAGAGGUGGUGGCCGAAGCAGCGCCUAAAAGCGACACAGCGUCACUAGAUGCUGACGAAAGUCUGCUGCUAGAGCAAUUCGACAAGGAUAGCACUGUUUCCGAGGACAACCAACCACAAGAACUGCAUAUUCCCGAAGCACCUCUCACUUUGCGCCCCAGCUCGCCGACAUACCAUCUGAUCGAGGACGCCGCAACACCAGACAGUGCUGCAACUGAGCCAAACCUACAAACCGAGCCACCACUUCCUCCGCGUAUAGCUUCACAGGAGGGACACCACACGUACAAGAUUAUUGAUAUUCCAGCUGAAGAGGAACCCCAAGACCAACAUGAAGAAUUCGUACCGGGUAGUUCUACCUAUCCGGAAAUUAGAAAGACCUCCAAGGCACAUGCGUAUAAAACGUUUGAGAAGGACACUGAGUCAGAAGAAAAAGACCAUGAUGACGCAUCCUUGCUUCCCGAAGUUGAGUUAUCUAGCCCAGAUAUGAAACAUAAAACGUUCAAGCUUCUCGGCCAAGCCAAAUCAGCUGCCUCAAAACCACCGCCUAACGCGCCCCAAGCCCAUGAACUGCAGUACGAGCUAGAAUACUUAUAUGUGCCCGAUUUUAUGAAGCAAGAAACAGCUAGUAAAGCUCUGACCUCAGAUUCUUCCGGAAAAUUGUCACCCAAAUUUACUCUGGAACGUGUGUAUACACCCGAUUAUAUGACAACAGCUGCACCCACUGUAAGACCUCUGGCACCAGUCACACCAGCAACUUACGAACAACCUCGAGAGUAUGCACUGGAGUACAUGUACGUACCCGAUUUCAUGAGGUCAGAAGCACCGGCUCUAACUACGUGAGCAAGGUACAAAUUUACAAAGCUCAGAAAUGGAGCCUAGCUUGCCGGCAUAUCCAAUAUCUCCGGAAAAACUACCAGAGGGCGGAGUACUGCUCGCACAAACCACACCACAUGAGACAGAGUCGGGCUUCGCACAGACCACGGGGUAUAUAUCCGAAGAACGUCUGAUGCCAUUCACGAAGGCACCAAGCGAAAAAGAACAGCCAGCACCAAGUGAACACACGUCAGCGAUAGCAUCGGGAUUGGACCAAGAACAACCGCCAAAAUAUGAACUGGAAUAUUUGUACGUACCGGAUUUCAUGAAAUCGGAAGCUCUGCCAGAAGGAGCCGGAGGUCCGAACGUCGCUGUGCCGUGUAAAAAAAAAGCCCGAGCUCCCUCUGACGAAAAAGAUGCAGCAAGUGUUCCUGUAACUUACGAACAGCAAUUUGAAGGCGAGUUCUCACAUUCCGACGUUACCAAAGAGCUAAUCGCAGGACUAAAGGCGCCUGCUCUCAUGGCGUCUAUUGAACAGCCCCUACGUUACGUACAGCAGAAUGUCAAUGCCCCCGAGUCCAUGGAAGCACCUUGUCGCGAAGCUUCAGGUUCUGUAAGCAGGGCAACGUAUCAAGAAAAAGGGUCAGCAAGCCAAUCAAGUAAAGACAUCAAUGCAAGGGACGUGCAACCACCAGAGUAUGAGUUGGAAUAUCUUUACGUACCAGAAUUCAUGAUGACUGAAGCAUCUGUCAAAUCUGGGCUAGAAGCGAUUCACCCAACUAGCGUCAUUUCUCACCCGUCACCACUGCAUUAUCAAGAAUCUUCCAACAUCGAGCAGCCUGAACCUAGCCUAAACGAAAUGGCAGGGCAUGGAGCCAUAACUGCAGCUGCUGCCGCCUACCAACAAACGGAAAAAUAUUAUCGCCGCUAUGAACCCGACUCCAUGACAGCAGAAGCCCCAGCAGGUGACCUUCAAGUAGUCGAAGCAGAACGCUUGCUGCCAAGAGAACACGAAUCGGAUGCUGAAAACAUUAGAUCUCCGUCCACAGCUCAAGAUACGCUUGCAGCAGAGUCAUCCUUCACUUUUCCGGACUAUUCAAUCGCGCCUGAAAGCAGUGCCGAGUACCGCCCUCCAUUUGAAAAAAACACCGCAGAGGCAUCACAAGACACGUCAGAGGCUCCAGUUUUUACUAUAGAAACACGCCCUAGUAUGAGCGCAGCCGAGAAACAACCUGGUGAUGAAUUAGCGGAAAUGACGUCUACAGAACUAUUUGCCACACCCGCACAUAGCUUAGCCACCGUAGCAUCCACGGAAUACGAGCCCGUUAUGAAAUCGUUGAAAUUGACUGAAGAGUCUCCGGUAACAUCAGUGGAAUCAUUGCGCCCAGCACCCGCGGAAACAGAGCCUGGUUUCGAGAGGACGCAGAUGUCGCAAAAUUAUGAAUCGUUACAGCCCGAAGACGGCCUUCAAUCAACUGAGAAAAGGGACCAUGACCACGCUGCUGAAACGGCUCUUGAAUUCCAACGUAGCGUGAAGCCGCAACAAGAACUUUAUGGAACGUUACCUUCCACUUUGGAGGAAGAUACACGACAAAAAGAAUCCAGCUUUCAAGCCGUCAAGAAACUCGGUGAGGGUUCGGCUGGCGUUUCAUCGGACGAAGCGUUCUCCUCAGCGAUAACCGAUUUCCGGCCCGCUGGUGCGGCAACCGCAGCGCCCGAUGUACAACCGGGCGAAAAUGUAGGGCCAGAACCAAGACUUCUCACUCAACCGCGAGGCGUAGAAUCGAGUGAAACUACUUCAGAAGAAGUGUUUCUUUCUGCAGCGAGAGAAGAACACUGAACGCGAGCACGACAGUGGUUUGCAAAACCAGGCUGUUACGGAACCGUUAGCAGGGACGACCGAAGAAUCUUCGUUACCAAGUUCAGAACCAGCGUAUCUCCGGGCGUCCAAGAAAGUGGAAUCCGACUUCGAAACCGCUACGCAGCCAUCGGCUACAGCAUCGGUAGAAAUGACAUCGCAAGAAGCACACAGUCCCGCCACACUGGACGAAUAUUACAGCGCUCACAGGCCUAGUACGGAUUUCCAAAGCGCCGUGGAGCCAUCGGAAGCAACAAAAGAAUUUUCGUUGCCUACAUCGGAAUCAGCGCAUCAAAAAGAUGAGGUGCGGUCACAAGUGGAACAAAUCACAAAAUCAUCACCUUUGGAGUCAGCGGAGGAAACUUUUCAAGAAGCUUCUGUGCAUGGCAGCGCUGAGGCUGCAGAUGCGCCCUACCAAACGCUCGCUAAGUCAAGUGAUCUCGAAGGAACCUCGGUACAUCCAUUGGAACAAGAGUACCAACUGUCCGAAAAGACGCACCAGCGGUCAGAGUUCGACUCCUCGAAAGGAUUAGAUGGAGAAGCAAUAGAAGUAAAAUCUCAGAAUAUAUCCGGCUCUGCCAAAAAGUACGAACGCGUUCCUGAAUCCUUUCCGCAACACAAGACGUUUGCGGUGCCUUUGGCGAAGACGGAGGAUGGUUAUUUGCCUUCUUCGGGAGCAGCGCUUCAGCAGCACGAGGGACUGCAACCAGAGGUCGAAGUUAUUACGAAGCCACCAGGUGAAGAAUCGACUGAUUUGACGUCGGAAGAAGCUCUGUUCCCGAAAUCGAAAGGAUACGGUGGCUCUUUCCAAAUAGACCCGCAAGACCAGCCCGUGGCUGAGCAAUUGGUAGAGAUAGAAGACUCUUCCGUACCAACAUCAGAGUUAACGUAUCAGCUGUCAGGUAGAGUUGAAGCCGGGUCCGAGAUUAGCAUGAAACCAUCAUCUGAAGAGCCAGUAGAAAAAACAUCCGAAGAAAGUCUGGCUGCUAAAUGUGCUAGUAACGUCACUGUUAGACAAGUACACCAACCCUCUGCGGCACAUUUAGUCGAGACCGAACAACUUUCCGUACCAGCCACAGAAACGGCACGCCAAGCACGCGAGAAAGAACAAACCGAAGUCGAGAAUUUGAUGAAACCAUCAGCUGUGCAGCCGACUGAAUUUGCAUUUGGUGAAACCUUCACCGCUCCCGAACCACAUCUGCAAUACCAGCCCUUCGCGAAGACAUCCGUACAAGCAACGGAGCCGGAGUACGCGUUAGUUCCUGAAUCAGAAUAUUCAGUUUCCACUGCCGAAGCAGCACGUGAACCAACAGGGCUGAGUGUGAAAAACUUGGAAGGAGGGAGUCGCAGAGAGUCCGCUGGAAAAACAUCCGAUAAAAUAAUGCCACGUAGCACUAGACAAGAGCAAGGCACGUCUGAUAGCGAAAUGCGAGCCACGGAACAACCAGAAUAUAGCGAGGAGGUUUCCAUGUUUCCCACAGAAACAACGUUACAAUCCUCGCUGGAAGCGCAGCGAGAGUCGGAAGCCAUGCCGGAAGCGAUUGUUCAGAAGAUGCCUGAAAGAACGCUUAAAGGCAGCUUCGCGCCAACUACAGAACAAGGCGCACGACCUCCGGAAGGAACAGCAAUCGAGUCCAGGUCAAAUCUCGGUGCGACACUAGGCGUGCCGCCGGAAAUAGCUGCGCAAGAGCUGGAACCUCCUCCACAGAGACUCUGGUCCGAACUACGCGCCGAAGAAGUCCCGAAAGGAGACGACGCUCGGAGUGAGACCUCGCCUCUCGCGACCACCGAGACUGGCAGGCAGAAGAACGAGCUAGCCGUGUUGCCUUACAAUAGUUUCUCCAAAUCCUACUUCAGCAAUUUGCCGGGAUUGCAAGCACCGAAAACGCGAACCGAGGACACAGUCACUAUAGAACCGUCAGAACUCCACACGCUUGAACACGGUCCUAUCAUGGAAGCCGUGGUGGCGCCAGACUUCGUACCUUCCGUGGAACACGCCGCUCCGCCUUCGCAGCGGACCUCCCCUGAAAUCACGGCUCUGGUGUCGGCCGAUGCAAAACACCCGGUAGUCGCGGUGCAGGAAGGCGUCGCGUACGCGGCGCUCUCGUAUCCAGACGACCGCGACGUGUUCGCCGUAUAUGGCGACAUCGACUUUCUGACUCCCCUGGCCACGAUCGACGCGGAACUGCAAGCGCAGAUCGGCGGCUUUCCCCAGGACACUUUGGUGCCCGUGCCGCCGAUGGACUUCAGUCCGAGCAUGGUCGCCGAAGCGCAGCCUCCGGAGCCGCUGGUGCAGCUGAGAGAAGACAGUCCUUCCGCCGUGACCCGCGUAGACUGGCCUGUCGUGGAAGCGUUUCCGGGCACGUCUACAGCGCCGAUCGAGAUUUCGCAGCUUGGUGUGCCAGCCAGGGUUGAAAGCUCGAUGGGCGAGGAGCCGGGCCAGAGUCGAAGAGAGAAGAAAACGUCGAGGUGAGUGGCCACCGAGGCGUCGUCCCGAAGAAUACGGGUGUCCCCUGGACACAGCUGCUCCCGUGCUGGCGUUGUCGUUCGCACUGGUGGCGUUCGUCGCGGCGGCUGCUAUCUUGUUCACAUCCGUGGCCAAUAUGGACGCAGACUACUGAAUCGGAAAUCUCUGAAGAAUAAAGUACUUGGCCUUUUCCCAGAGAGCUGCCUAUCGGCUUACAACAGCCAGAAUCAAAACCCUUUCCAGCCAAAGCUCCUUCCUAUCUGCAUAAAUUUCCAAUAAAGCACACUUGCUGUUCUCUCAAAUCGCAUACAGGUUGUUUAAAAAACAGGAGAUUUAAGACAAUACCUAUAGCAGUGGCAAGCAUCAGAAAUUAUUAUAUAAUAGUCCAACAAGCUUUUUUAUUAACUGAAUUUUACUGAUUAACUCCAUACUCAAAAGCUUUAGCACACAUGUUCCAAUUGCACAAUUGAAACCUGUCAGUGCACAAGCCAGAACAGCUAGAUAGAUCCAGAGUUCCAACAUAGCUGUGCCAAACCUGCGGUGUUCAGUGC